CUUGUACCAUAACAUUUGCUUUGCAUACAGACUACAGACGGACGUCGAACAGGAAGAGAAAAGUGCCGGCCUUUGGAAAAACCUGAUUAGAAAAGGAUCACCUGGGCCGACCUGGCGAUGGAACGGACGACGGAAGGGACGGGCAAGUGUCCUUGAUCGGCCUGCGAGCCUCUCCACAGCGGCGUGACACGUGAGUUUUCGGCGAGGGAUGGCGAUUUGAGAGACGAGAAGAGAGUCCAAGGAGAAUAAAUCCUGACCAUGACGUCGCGACUGGACAGGCUGUUUGUGCUGCUCGAGAGCGGGUCUUCGGCGGCGACGAGGAAGGCGGCCGCCCAGCAGUUGGGCCAGGUGCAGCGGUUGCACCCGCACGACCUGCACCACCUGCUGGCCAGGAUCUCCCUUUUGCUCAGGGCGCCCUCUUGGGACACUCGAAUCGCCGCCGGACAGGCGGUCGAGGCCGUCGUCCGCAGCGUCCCGCCGUGGGACCCUCCUCCUGCCCAAAUCAAAACAGAAGAGGAAGGUGAAGGGAGUGCGGAAGGAAGGCUGACCUUUGAGACCUUCGACCUAGAGAAGGUCAUCAUGGAGGGCAACCACCUGGUUGGUUCAGAGGGCAACGAGUUUGAACUGGACAUGAAGGAGGAGGGUGCGGCUGAGAGACUGGCCAGUCAAAAGGCCGCUCUCAAUGCCACACUCGGCCUCCCUGAAAAUGCAGAGGUUGCCGAAGGGCUCAUCACGGACGAAGACCUCAUUCCCUCCUGUCCGCAGGAGAAAAACUGCAAACAAAGUGCUCUGAACAUUGCUCAAGGGGACGGUUUGAGUUCACGUGAGAUGAACCGAGCCAAGCGGGUGGCACGUCUGGUGGCCAAGCAAAGGUCGAAGGAGACAUCUGAGGACGCAGAAGCCCCUGAAAGCAAGCGGCCCAAGGUAGAGGUCAAGCAGGAGCAAGAGGAACACGACCUGAGCACGGCCGAGUGUCCGACCGAAGGAACUGCUCUCUGGGAAGAGCACGCCACUGGAUGGCCCUUUGAGGAGUUCUGCGCACAGUUGGGCCAGGACCUGUUCAGUUCUGCGUGGGAGGUGCGGCACGGAGCGGCCACGGCCCUCAGGGAGGUGCUCAAGGUGCACGGUGCGGGCGCUGGCAAGGCGGCCGACAUGACCUCUACUCGGAUGGCUGGUGCCCAUGAGGCGUGGCUGGAGGACGUGGCCCUAAGGAUUGUCUGUGUGUUGGCGCUCGACAGGUUUGGCGACUUUGUCUCCGACCAGGUUGUUGCUCCUGUCCGAGAAACAUGUGCUCAAACAUUAGGUGUAUUGGCGUGCCUGAUGAGUUCAGAGGCUGUGCAGAAGGUGGUGGCGACGGUGCUGCGUCUGUUGUCUCGACCUGAGUGGGAGGCUCGGCACGGCGGACUGCUUGGCCUCAAGUACCUGGUGGCGGUCAAGGGUGGUGAGGACAUCCGCUUGCUGCCCACCUCCUUGCCACACAUGCUGCGGGGUCUCGACGACCCUGUCGAGGACGUGGGGGCGGUGGCGGCGGCCGCCCUGGUGCCGGCCGCCUCCGAGUUGGCCGCGCGUUUCCCCGAGCAGCUCGGCCCCACCGUCGACCGUCUGUGGACCCUGCUGGCCGAGCAGGACGAACUGGCAGCCGCCAGCAACAGCUACAUGGCCCUGCUGGCCGCCCUGGUGGCGCAGCGGCCGCCCACGGACAGUGAGGCCCUGCACCUGCAGCAGCGCCUUCCACAGCUGUGGCCCUUCCUCGGCCACACCUCCUCGGCUGUCCGAAGGUCCACCCUGCAGACCCUGUCCACGCUGGCCAACUCGAUCACCACUCUCGGCGUGCCCGUCGACCCCACCGCCCCCUCCCUCCUGCAGGACGCCCUCAGGCACAUCUACCAAAGAGCCCUGUUGGAAACCAACCCUGAAAUCCAGACCCUUGCAGAGCAGGUCUGGGAAAAAUUGCUGAGGAACUGCCCUUUGGAGGAAGUCCUGAUGGCUGCGUGUCCGGUCGCCAGCUCCUGGCUCUGCCUUGCCAUGCAGUCUCACAAAAUCCCCUUCGACCCCUCCAUACUCAUUAAAGCCAAAAUGAACAAGUCAAGCAAGAAGUCAAAUUGUGUCCCUGGCGAGUCCGACGAGAAUCACAUGACUGUGGCCGAGCCAAAGUGGUUCAUCGGCGGCGGAGACUCACCAGGGUCAGAGUUGAGUGUGGUCAGGGCGCGCUGCAUGGCGAGCCGCAUGCUGGGCAAACUCUCAGUCUACUUAGUCAAACCCUUUCCAGGCCUCGAAGGCGUGCCAGGAACUCCUCCUAUUGAAUGCUACGUCAAAGUGCUACUGGUGCAUUUGCAGUCAAAGUCGUCGCUGCAGAGGCUGGUGGUGGGUCUGGUGGUGCGGUGGUGGGCGCAGGUUGAGCCGGAGGAGGCGUCCCACUCGGAGCUGGUGGCGCGUCUGCAGCAGUGCCUGUCCGAGAGCGUCUACUUUGACGAGAUCGCCGUGACGUUCACAAAACUGCUGCAGGAGACAAAGGAUUUUGUGGCAAUGCUGCGCCACUACCAGGUGCCGGUGGCCCAUUCCGAGGGUUCGGUGCUCACCCUCGAGCAGAUCUCGCAGCUCUCGGGCGCCACCACCCAGCAGACCGUGGCCAACGCCAAACUCAAACCCAAGACUGCAGAAACGCUCGAGCAGCGUCGAGCCGCCAUCCAACACUCGGUCUCACAGACCAGCCUCCACCAAUCAUCCCUUGCAAUUACAACCCAAGCUGCGAUUGCCGGAGCCAUAGUGAGCAUGGGCUGCCUACCAGAAAAGCUUCACCCUGUUGUCAAACCACUGAUGGAGGCGAUCAAGAAGGAGCAGAACGAAAUGUUCCAAAGACUGGCCGCUGAGCAACUGACGCGGCUGAUGGACAGGUGUGUUGGUCGAACGCCGUCGCCAAACUCAAAAAUUGUGACCAACCUGUGCGUAUUCCUACGUGCCGACCCUGAAUUCACUCCUGUCAUUAUGGAUGAGUCAAAGGAGUUGAAAGGUGACGCGCAAGCGAGCAUCAACAUUCCGAGCAACACGCUAGGCAUCCUGACCCUGAUCAAUCAGCAGAAGAAUGCUGAAAGGGCUGUCCUGAAGCGCGCCACCUCCGUCACAGGCAGAGGUCCUGGAAGACCGGCCGCCGUUGUAGCCUCUCCUGAAUUUGCCCUCGAGGAACUCAUGUGCACCGAGGACGAGGCUCAACGGGCAAGAGAGUUGAUGCGUCAGGGCGCCACCCUGGGACUGAGUGCCAUAACGGCGCAUUUUGGUGCGGAAUUGCCACAGAAACUGCCCACCUUUUGGGAAACUCUGCUCUCAGCCACCAGACUGCCUCCAUCUCCAGCCGAUGGUACUGCUGCUGAGAAAAAAGCAGUGGCAGAAAGUUUGAUUGCUGGUCUCCAAGUCUUAGAAGUUGUCCUGCCCAGUUUGAAUCAGGCUUUAAGACCUCAGAUUGAGGAAGGUCUUUUGUCGUUUUGCGGCAUGUUGAGUCACAAUUUUCGCGCCGUUCGUCACAUGAGUGCGCGCGUUUUGGCCGUCUUAGGCAAACUGGACUCUGUGGCGGUUGUGACAGCUCUGGUGGAGCGCGUUUUGCCACUUUUAGAGUCCUCAGAAGAGACUUGGAGACAGGGCGGCAUCGAAUGCAUUGCCUGUCUUGUUGACCUACUCGGAAUCCAGGUUGUUCCCUACGCCGUUCUUCUUGCUGUUCCAGUCUUGGGUCGAAUGAGUGACCAAAACGCGUCUGUCCGGAUGAUGGCGACGCACAGCUUUGCCACGCUGAUCCAGCUGAUGCCGCUGGACGGCGCGGUGGCGGAGGCGGAAGGCCUGGAGGCGUGUCUGGGGGCGCGACGUGAAGAGCAGCGCCUCUUCCUGCGGCAGCUCUUCAGCCCGAGCACCAUCGAGGACUACAAGGUGCCGGUGCCGCUCAAGGCCGAGCUGCGCUCCUACCAGCAGGCCGGCGUCAACUGGCUUUCCUUCCUCAACCGCUACAACCUGCACGGCAUCCUGUGCGACGACAUGGGCCUCGGCAAGACCCUGCAGUCCAUCUGCAUCCUCGCCGGCGACCACUGGACGCGCGCCGAAAACUUCCGACGCACCCGACUGCCCGAGUACUCGCCGCUGCCCUCUUUGGUCGUUUGUCCGCCCACCCUCACCGGACACUGGGUCGACGAAGUUGCCAAAUUCCUCUCCAAAAAGUACCUCAACCCUUUGCAGUACGUUGGACCACCCAACGAGCGAGAAAAGUUGCGCAGCCGAGUCAAACAGCACAACCUGAUAGUCGCCUCGUACGACAUUGUGCGCAAGGACAUCUCCUUCUUCAGCUCAAUCAAGUGGAACUACUGCAUUUUGGACGAGGGCCACGUCAUCAAAAACGGCAAAACCAAAUCUUCGAAGGCAAUCAAGCAGUUGGUGGCAAACCACCGGCUCAUCCUCUCAGGCACCCCUAUCCAGAACAAUGUCCUGGAGUUGUGGUCACUCUUCGACUUCCUGAUGCCCAGUUUCCUGGGCACCGAGCGCCAGUUCACUGCCCGCUACAGCCGCCCCAUUCUUGCGAGCCGCGACCCCAAGAGCAGCCCCAAGGAGCAGGAAGCCGGGGUGCUGGCAAUGGAAUCUCUGCACAGACAAGUGCUGCCGUUCCUGCUGCGACGAAUGAAGGAGGACGUGUUGAAGGACCUGCCGCCCAAGAUCACGCAGGACUACAUCUGCGAGCUGAGCCCCCUUCAGCAGCAGCUCUACGAGGACUUCCAGCGCUCCAGGGCGCAUCAAAGCCUCAACGACUCCAUCAGCAGGGCUUCGGCAGACUCCUCCGGCUCCUCUUCUGUCCCCAACCGCUACCACAUUUUCCAGGCGUUACAUUAUUUGCAAAACGUUUGCAACCACCCGAAACUAGUUCUGACGCCGCAGCAUCCGCAGUUUGAGAGAAUCCAACAGCAGCUGAAGCAGCAGGGCUCGUCACUCGCAGACAUCCAGCACGCCGCCAAGUUGCCUGCCUUGAGACAACUGCUGGUGGACUGUGGAAUCGGGGCAGAGGAGAGCGAGCAGACGCAGGAGUUGGUGGUCAAGCAGCACCGGGCGCUCAUUUUCUGCCAGCUGAAGGCGAUGCUGGACAUUGUGGAGAGGGACCUUUUGAAGAGGCACAUGCCCGGGGUGACGUACCUGCGGCUGGACGGGACGGUCCCUCCCGGACAGCGCCACUCGAUUGUGUCGCGCUUCAACAGCGACCCCUCCAUCGACGUGCUACUGCUGACCACCCAGGUUGGCGGCCUCGGCCUCAACUUGACCGGCGCCGACACGGUCGUCUUCGUCGAGCACGACUGGAACCCCAUGAAGGACCUGCAGGCCAUGGACAGGGCACACCGCAUUGGUCAGCGCAAGGUCGUGAACGUCUACCGCCUCAUCACGCGCGCCACCCUCGAGGAAAAAAUCAUGGGACUGCAAAAGUUCAAACUGCUGACGGCAAACACCGUGAUCAACAGCGAGAACAAGAGUUUGGAGGCCAUGGGCGGAGUCCAGCUGAUGGAGCUGUUCUCGCUGAACAAGGGAAGGGAGGAGGAGGGCGGCGGAUCUUCAGGGUCUGGAGCAAAGGCGGCUUCGGUCAGCAGCGUCCUGUCCACCCUGCCCGACCUGUGGGACGCUUCACAGUACGAUGAAGAGUACGAUCUGUCCAACUUCCUCAACACACUCCGCCAGUGACCGUCAAAGUGCGGCGAACAUUAAAGUCAAAGUGAAAUUUGCUAUUUUGUACCAGUGUCAAAAUAAAAGUGUGAACUUUAAAACACUAUAAUAUUGUUAUGCAACUAUUAAAAUAUCAUAAGCCGUUAAAACCUAGAAAAGGGAAAGCGUCGCCGACUCUGUUGCGCAUUGCUAAAUUUACAUAUCUUUGAUGGAGUCGGAUGGAGUAAAGACAGCAAACAUAUUAUUUGAAAUGUCCAACAUGAGAUUUUUCGAAAGGGUGCGCGCCUGUCCCGCGCAUUUUUAUGGCAACCACAACUCCUGU